ACAGCGACACAUGUGGCGAUAAAGUACACCGACGAUUUCAUCCCGAAUCUCUCCCGGAUCCCUCACGAGUCUAUCCCGAGUCUGUCUCCAACCUCAUUCUCCGCCGAUUUCAAUCUAAAAGGUCAUUGGAUUGGAUUAUAGCUACACGCAGCCGUCUGAUUCGGAGGAUUAUGGUUUAGGGAACUCAGCAGACAGUGGAAACAACUCCACAUAAAUGAAUAUACUGCUGGACCAAGCAGAGAUAGAAGCCGUGCGGGUUCAGUACCCUCCGCAGCCGGAGGUUGAGUUCGGCUUCCCCAAGGAUUGCUACUGUGAUGGCGAACCGCUUAUUAGGACAUCUUACACAAGAACUGACCCGGGGAGAAGGUUCUACACCUGUGAGAACAUCGACGAUGGAGACUGCCAUGUACACAAGUGGUGGGAUGUGACGGCUACAGAGGAGAUCAAAGCCAUAGGUACACAGUAUGCCCUGCUUUCUGAUAAGGUUGAUUAUCUUGCGUCUGUGAGUGACUACGAGUCAGAACUAAACCAGGUAAAAGAUCUCCAUUAUGAGAGUGAGCUGAAGUUGGCUGUGCUUGAGAAGACUGUCUCUGAGUUAUCUAAAAAAAAAUCUCCGUUUCGUAAUGGGUUUGAACUCGUACUAGGUGGUCUGGUUCUUUUAGUAAUGGUAAUAUCCAUGUUCGUAAUGUUAAAGUAGGUUUGAACUAAGAGGAGAGUGAACUAAGUAGCUUGGUGUUUUGUA